AUGGUCCAAGAUUCGAUCCAUGCCUCACCUGCAGCGCCUUCUGCUCCUCCUACCCAUCAAACUCCUCAGCCAAACGACAUCCGGCUCCGGCGUACCAUCAAGCCCUCUCCCGACUGGACCCUCUCCCAGCAUGCUGCUCCUAGUCGCAGGGCAAGCUUUCCACAGCUAGACAGUCUUCCCUCCGAGCAGUCCAAGAAGCGAAGGCAGAGUGCGGGUACGGGCGAGCUGCUGUGGAACAGCGUGAUGAAGGCACGAGCGAAGGCUACGGGAAUGACGGAGGAUGAGACUUCGAGGCCUGCAACUCAGACAGGAGCAUGCCAGUUGGAACUCAAGGAGACUACAAUGAUGUGCCUUGAAGAGGGAGUGCUUGACAGAGAACAAGCUGGCACGAGAUGA